AUGAACCCGCUUAUGUGUCAUUUCCGGUCAGGCUUUUCACAUUCAAUAAAAUGGCAACGCCGAGCAGUGGUACUUCCCGGCGUUUAGUCCAGUAUGUGAUCGUCCGAUCAGACCUGAUACACACUUUAUCAUGGCCUUUAGGGGCGGUUAUAACUCAAGCCUGUCACGCGGCCACUGCUGCCAUUCAUUUACACUACAGUGACCCUGACACUCAGGAAUAUCUGGCAGAACUGGACAGCAUGCACAAAGUAGUGCUGCAGGCACCAGAUGAGGCAUCUCUCAACACUCUUUCCAGUACUCUACGUGAAAAAGACAUUGCACAUAAACUGUGGAUGGAGCAGCCAGAGGAUAUCCCCACAUGUUUGGCAUUGAAGCCCUACCCUAAAGAGACUGUGCAGCCAUUUCUAAAAAAGUUCAAGCUUUUCAAGUGAAUUCUGUUUGAAUUGUGCCAUAUUCUGGAAUGAACUGAACAAUGUAAACACAAAGAGUGGUCAGAAUGGAAUUUGGCUGAACGAAGCUGCUAAAACAGCCUUAACAUCACAUCUUUGGUUUAAAUCCACAUUUUGUCUUGAUUUAUCUAUGUGGCAAAAGAUUACUCACUGAAGUUGUGUUAGAAAUGUAAGUUCUUUAAUAUCUAAAAUGAACACUGGAUGUCUUUAUUCUGCAUUGUGAUCAGUCUGGGUAAUAAAUUUCAUCAGUGUCGACAAUGGAAUCUGAAAUAAUCUCAAAUGUUUUUUUGUUUGUUAGUUUUUUUAAUUAAAUUUAUUGAAAGGGCUUUUGAAAUAUGUAUACUUUAAAAAAAUUAAUAGUUUAAACUAAGACGUAUGUGCUGGUGGGUUAGUAAUUAUGGACUGUUAAGGUUCAUGUGUGCAGUGUGGAAGUUACAUCGCGACCAGUGAUGCUCGAUUCUUGAGAGAAUGACUCUUUUUUACCUUGGAUUCUCGAACAAAAGAGCCUUAUGAACCGUUUGUAUUUUUGGGGAAGAAAAAAAAAUAACAUGGUGACCAACAAAGUUCGAUUUUCUUGUUAAUGACUUAAUGAGCCGGUUCUUUUUAGUGAAUCAAUGUUACAUCGCGACCAGUGAAGCUUGAUUCUCGAGGGAAUGAUUCAAAUGAGCCGGUUCUUUUUAACGAAUCAUGAAGUUACAUCCUGACUAGUGAUGCUCGAUUCUCGAACGAAAGAACCUUACGAGUCGGUUCUUUUUAAGUGAAUCAAAAAGUUACAUUGUUUUUUCCCCCCCAGGUUCAUUGUAUAUCAAAAGGUUAUAUAGUGAAAACUCAAGUUCGAUUCUCGAGUGAAUGACUUGCGAGUCGGUAAAUUACAAACACUCUUUAACACAAUUUAGUAAAUUACAAACACUCUCUCUAUUAAUCUCAUGUAAUAUGACUUAUUAAAUCAUUAAUAUCAGACUCUGUUAACUAAGAAGGUGUUAUAUUUUUCUUAAGAUUAGUAAGAACUACCCGACUGAUUGUUCAUCACAAAGUACAGUAAAAAAAAAUUACACAUUAAGUUUUUUGUACUGUAUCUCCAAGUAUUGUUUCAUCAAAACAAUAAUUAGUGCAACGGUUAAUUGAACAGUUUAAAUAGCUUACGAUUCCAUUCCCUAGAUAUAAAGAUGGCACUUGCAGUCCUUUUUUACAUGGUGCUUUAUUGCAAUGUGUUGCAUUCUCACAUUCAUGGAUGUUAUAGAGAUUUGUUAGUCAAAGCAUAAUUUCCUUCAAGGUAUGUAUCUUCACCUUGGAAAAGCAACAAAGGGGCCAUAUGCACGAGGUGUGAGUGAAUGUUUCUUGUUUGUCUGAGUGUAGGUGUAUGCAUAUGUGUGUGUGUGUAAACUUCAAAUCUCAGUUUGAGCAGCCACAUAAUUCCAUGAAAUGGACAAGAAAAAUAAGACUGAUUCAGUAGAUGCGAAACACAGUUUUGCAGCCCACAGGACAAUCCUGCAGGUGCUGGACCCAGCAUGUGACUGAUUGUCUACAACGUCCUAAGAAAGGUAGGAUUCUCCAGAUAAACCUGGAUAUAGAGAAAAAAAACUAAAACAAAA